CUAAACUGCAACUCCCAAAAUCCCUACUCAAAAGAGAUCAGAACUCCGUUUAGAUUCUCUGUGCGCUCUACAAUGGCAACUGCUGCUGCAUCCAAGGCGAAAGCACCGGCGGCGCCGAAGAAGAAGGCGGCGUCGUCCCCCUCUCACCCGCCGUUCUUCCAGAUGAUCAGCGAAGCGAUCGCGACGCUGAAGGAGAGGACGGGGUCGAGCCAGUACGCGAUCCAGAAGUUUAUCGAGGAGAAGCACAGGCAUCUCCCCAGCACCUUCCGGAAGCUGCUCCUGGUCCAGCUCAAGCGCUGCGUGGCCGCCGGGAAGUUGGUCAAGGUCAAGAACUCGUACAAGCUCGCCCCGGCCGCCAAGGCAGCUGCUGCUGCCGCACCUGCGAAAAAGCCAAGAGCGCCUGCUGUACCCAAGCCAAGAGCGCCUGCUAAGAAGCUGAAGCCGAAGCCCAAGGCUGAUGCCACUGAAAAGCCGAAGAAGGCGGCUGCUGGAAAGAGGAAGGCACCGGAGAAGCCUAAGGCAAAGGCGGCCAAGCCUGUCAAGGUGGCGAGGACAGCUGCGAAAGCCUCGCCUGCGAAGAAGGCUGUAAAGCCGAAGAAGGUUGCAGUGAAGAAGCCCAAGAGCGUGAAGUCGCCGGCGAGGAAAGCGAAGAAGUAAGAGGGCCACGUCGUCUGUUCGGAAUGGGGAUUGGGUUGUUUGUGUAUAUCCGGGUGGAGGUUUGAUUAGGGUUAGAUAGGUUUUGGCAUUUGAUUUGUUUUCUAAGGGCUAAGUUUGAAACGAAUAGUAUUAUAAUUUGUAUGAAUCUGCUAGCUUUAAUUGGAUUGCGUUCUUUGUAUUAGAACAGAGACUGCAAUAUUGGGUUUUGUGGAAGUCUUUUUAACUAUUUUGUGCUGGUUUUCAAUGA